AUGACUUACAAACCAAGCACUACAAUUGUGUUGGCACUCCUGCUGUCUCUGUCCGUGGCUGUCCUGGGGAGUGCAUUUGCCCCAUCCAACCACAAUCUUCCUAUUGUUCCAAGAAGGACCUUUUCUACUCAGAACACAAGAUAUCCCGUUGCCAAGUCAAGUCGAGAUGAUGUGCUCGGCAACGACGACAACAAGGAAAAUCCUCAAGAGGAUGGCGUAGCAGAUCCCAAAGAGACGAUCCGGGGAGGCGCUUCUACAGUUUCUCUGCCUGCCAAACCGCCAGCUGAUCCUACCUUUGGAGAUAUUCGGAAAUUUGCUCUGCCCUGCUUGGCAUUGUGGGUAUCUGGACCGCUCCUUUCACUUGUGGACACAAGCUUUGUUGGUCUCUCUGGGUCAGCAGCUGAAUCUGCAAAGCAAUUGGCUGCAUUGGGGCCUGCCACAACCUUCUUUGAUGGUGCUACCUACUUGUUUGCCUUUCUAAAUGUCGCCACUACAAAUUUGUACUCCAGUGCACGAGCUCGGAGCGGCGAGCAAUCAGAUGAAGCAGAGGGAGUGGUUCGCACUGCUGCCAGGGUAGCUCGGAACUGUGGGAUCGGGCUCAUGAUCUUUCUAUUCGUGGCAUGCCGCCCACUACUCAAGCUAUACAUUGGUCACGAGGUGGAAGCCAAUCCUUACCUGCUAGAUUCGGCAGUUGACUACGUAACAAUCCGAGCAUUGUCCAUGCCAACGUCGCUCCUACUGGGUGUCCUGCAGGCUGCACUUUUGGGAGCCAAAGAUUCUGUCACUCCGCUCAUUGCCAUUGUCUACUCCACAGCAAUCAACUUGGUCGGAGAUUUUGUACUUGUCAACCGAUUGAAAAUGGGAUUGCAAGGUGCGGCGAUUGCUACCCUUGUGGCUCAGUUGGCGGCCACAGCGGCUCUCGUGGGACCGGCAAGAAAACGACUAGUGCGGGAUCACAAUCUCGGCAUCAUGAAACGAGCCGAAAGUGUUGUCUCGGGCAAAUCUUUCCUGGCAUUUGCCGCACCAGUCCUCACUCUGAUCCUGGGAAAGUUGGCGGCAUUUGGAUUCAUGACGAAUGCCGCCGCAGGAGUGCCAGGCCAGCCAAUACCAUUGGCUACCCAUCAAAUCAUCCUGUCACUCUUCUUUUUUGUCAGCCCCUUUCUGGAAGUCAUUAGCCAAACAGCCCAAACAUUUCUUCCACCCUAUUUUGCACCUGUGAAGGACUACGUUUUGUCCAUGCAAAAGCGAGAUCCCGAUUACGACGUUACAAAAGACAGCAAGGUAAAGCCAUGGUUGGACAAGUCCAUGGGUGUUUCCACGAAAUUGGUACGCUUGGGGCUAUUGGUUGCCACUGUGGUCUCUUCCAUUGCAUCGCUGGUACCGGCGUACUUUGGAAACCUCAUUUCAUCGGAUUCGACUGUACAAGUUGCUGUGAAACCAUUGGCCAAGUACUUGCUGGCGGGUUGCUUUCUAGCAGCGCCAGUGGCUGUGGCGGAAGGUAUUCUGCUAGCCAAGCGAGAGUUGAAGUUCUUGGCAUCCGUGUAUCUGGUCAGCACAGCACUAUUACCCACGGCUUUGGUGUGGGUGAAAAAGAUUGGCGGCAAUGUCGAGCAGGUGUGGGGUUGCUUUGCAGCAUUCCAACUGUUCCGCGCCAUUUGUUUUGUGGGGCGACUCUACGGGGGAUCUUUGCUGGCCAAACUCAUGGCAUUGUUCCAAAAGAAGGAGAUUCCUCCACCCAAGGCGGUACAACCUAUCCGUAAAGCUAGCUAG